UUUGCUACUUUAAAAUAAAAUGCUGACCUUGAAAAACAUAUUGUGUAUUUCACUUUUGAUGCUUGGUAUAAGCAUUGAGAUUAAUCUGGCAAAAGAAUGUAAAAUUCCAGAGAACAAUGAGGACAUUGACUGGGAUAAGGUUAAGAAUGACUGGUAUCUGGUGCUACACACCAACGAUGAGGUCAUGAAUGAAGAUGUUAUAGGUGCAAAACUACAGAACUUCUCCAAUACAAAUGAAGGAAUGCAAAUGGUGGUUACUAAUUUACAUGAGAAUUCUCCUCCCCAAACGUUUACAAUUGAUCGGACCAAACGAAUUGACGGCGUUUAUUAUGGGAUGAAGAGCGAAAAACCAGCUGUUUUGGCUUCACACACUCUAACACAAGACGGAGGAACAAAUAAUAAUGCUAAAAAAAUAGAUGAUGCCUUGUUCAAUGGUGAUAUUCUGGUUCUAUACGACAAAAAGAAUUAUUUAGUCCAUGCAUUCUGCAGUCUUUCAGGUAUUUUAGGCCACUUCUCAUUUAGUUUCAAUGACAAUUUAUUCUCAGCAGCAUUGAUAGAACAUACAAUAAAAGGAAUUAGACUCACUCAAGAUGAAUGGGUUGUCUGGUCGGCAUUUCCAACCCUAAAUCCAACUAUUCAUCAAAUUAGUUCAAUGUGGAACAAGCUCAUUGAGAAAGGAAUCAUUGUACAACUUUAUCCUUCUAAAAUUGUUGAACAUCCGGAGUUGAUGGAAAGUUUGAACUGA